AGUUAUUUACAAUUUGAAAAAAAAAAAAAUCGCAAAACAUUCAUAUAUUUUAAGUGUGGUUUACAAUUUAGUUAACUCUCCCAGUUAGACAGAAUUGUUAGCUGGACCGUUUGCUUUCCAGGGCCUAAUUGUUCCGCUCCUCUUGUUUCCCGGCCGGCUGGGUUCUAAUGGAUGAGCAGGAGGGGGAGACUGGCAAGUUGGAAAUGUGUCGGAAUUAUUAAAGAUUGAAAGAAUACUUGAGACAGUAAGCGUCGGUAAAUGUGGUGUGCGGUAUCCACAGAUUAACAGAGGUAAUUGUUAUUGUACUAGGACAAGCGUUUUAGUGAGCAGGGAAGACUAACGAAGACGAAUAGCACAGUGUUGAACGCAAGAAGAAGCGGAAGUUGAGAAAUAAACGAUUAUUGUUACCGGUCACAACGGUUUGCUGCCGUGGGGUCUCAGUACCGGGUAUUCUGCGUAUUAAUCCGUAAAUGUAGUGUAACAUAUCAUCAUAUUUAAUAAAUAGUUGAGAUUAGUGAGACAAAGCUACACAAGGAAUUGCCUCGUAUAUUGCUGGCAGUCCCAUUUCUUUGAAUCAUGACACGUUAAUGUGUAUGGACGUCUCAUCAGGGCAUACACCGCCAUGGCCACCUCGUCAGAGGAGGUUCUGCUCGUCGUGAAGCGGGUUCGACAGAAGAAGCAGGAUGGGGCUCUGUACCUCAUGGCGGAGAGGGUAGCCUGGGCGCCAGAGGGGAAGGACCGCUUUUCCGUCAGCCACCUGUACGCAGACAUCCGCUGUCAGAAGAUCAGCCCUGAUGGGAAAUCCAAGAUCCAGCUGCAGCUGGUUCUGCACACAGGCGAGACGACCAACUUUCACUUCACCAGCGAGAGCAGCGCAGUGAAGGACCGGGACGCAGCCAAAGACCUGCUGCAGCAGCUGCUGCCCAAGUUCAAGAAGAAAGCCAACAAGGAGCUGGAGGAGAAGAACAGAAUGCUCCAGGAGGACCCCUUGUUGUUCCAGCUCUAUAAGGACCUGGUGGUCAGUCAGGUGAUCAGCGCCGAGGAGUUCUGGGCGAAUCGGGUCAGCAUGAACUCCGUCGACCACUCUCUGACCAACAGCAAGCAGGAAGUGGGCAUCUCCGCAGCCUUUCUGGCGGAUGUUCGACCGCAGACAGAUGGCUGCAACGGUCUGAGAUACAACCUGACCUCCGAUAUCAUUGAAUCCAUAUUCAGGACCUAUCCUGCAGUGAAACAGAAGUACGGGGAGAACGUGCCUCACAACCUGACGGAGAAGGAGUUUUGGACCCGGUUCUUUCAGUCCCACUAUUUCCACAGAGACCGGAUCAGCACCGGCUCGCAGGACCUCUUCGCAGAGUGCGGCAAGCUGGAUGAGCAAGGGUUGAAGUCCAUGGUUGGCCAAGGAGUGAGGAACCCAAUGGUUGAUCUGACGUCACUUGAGGACAAGUCACUGGAUGAGGGUUAUGGUAUCUCGUCAGGGCCGUCCACCUCCAGUCACAGCAAGACUUUGAAAGAGAACAGCAAUGCGGCCAUCAUCAAACGCUUCAACCACCACAGCGCCAUGGUGCUGGCGACCGGACUGUGCAGACAGGAUGCACAGAACGAGCAGAACGGAGAGACGAGCAGCACGGAUGGAAACUCCAAGGAUUCAGACUUCUUCCAGCCGUCGAUGAAAAAGGUGAAGUUAAAAGAAUCUAUAGAAUAUACAGACUUGGAGCAAGAGAAUGGAAGGAAAGCUGUCACACUGAACCUCAAGAAGUCUGAUAGGUAUUCUCACGGUCCCACCCUGGUACAGUGCCAGCAAUACGCAACCAGCCAGGACAUUAUUAACUCUGUCAACUGUAUUAGGCACGAAAUGGCCAACUACACGCCAAGACUCACUCAGGUCCUCUCCAGCAGCACAGCGAGCACAGCCAUUGCAGCCCUGUCUCCGGGAGGAGUGCUCAUGCAAGGAGGAACACAACAAGCCAUAAACCAGAUGGUGCCAAACGACGUGCAGUGUGAGCUAAAGCACCUGUACGUGGCAGCGGGGGAGCUGCUUAGACACUUCUGGUCCUGCUUCCCUGUCAACACCCCUUUCCUGGAGGAGAAGGUGGUGAAAAUGAGGAGCAACCUGGAGCGGUUUCAGGUUACUAAGUUGUGUCCAUUCCAAGAAAAAAUGCAACGACAGUACUUAAGUACAAAUCUAACCGGCCACUUGGAGGAAAUGCUACAGAUAGCAUACAACAAAUUCCACACGUGGCAGACGAGACGCAUGCUGAGGAAAACAUGAAGGGGUGCCAGCCGGGGGGAGGAGGAGAACAAGAGCAGGAGAAAAGAGGCUGGAGCUUGGCAGCUGAAAGCUGUGGAGACUCCUGAGGGAAUGGAUUUGGGAAAUUGAAUCUUGCUAGGGUCCGCUUUGGAAACAGGAAGAAGUUUUCUCCUGUGGUUUGAACAACGAAGUGGAAUUUAAACAAAAAUAAAUAAAUAAAAAGUGGGGGGGAGGGGAGGGGCAUUGUUUAGAAGCUCUUCGAGGAGUUCUGAAGACGGCAGACAACAAGAUGACCAAACUGAGAACCUGGAAUCGAGGAGCAGUGUUCUUACCGCAGGGACUCAGGAACUGCAAAGCGUUUGCACCGUUAGAGUGCUGCUAUAAUAAUAAUAAUAAUUUUGUCGUUAUUGUUAUAAUAAAAAACAAAAAAAUAUGUACAAUAAAAUGUGCUUGGGUGACUACAGGGUUUCACAUAGGCUUAAUGUUGAUUCUUAGCAUGUUGCGUUGGCUGACAGCGUUGGGAUUCACCUGCUGGGAGGAGCAGGGUUGGAGCACUAGGAUAUGGUUGUUGCCCCAUUUUUAUUAAGAGCAUGUUAAAAGAAAAAAAAAAACUCAGCUUGUUUAUUGAGUUUGAAAGGCUCAGGAAAGACAUGAAACUAGUUUUGGGUUCACUGCCUCACGCCCUUUCUCUAUGGGUGUAUAUAGAUAUAUCAGAGGUGGAAAUAAGACUCCUAUUGCAGAGCAGCAGUUCGUCCAUUCCAGGUGUUAAUACAAGCUUGAUUAGCCCCAGGUCAGAGGAGACCUCUUAAACAUAGUAAAACCAGGAAUGGCUCAAGCUGCUAUGCAAUGGGAUUCUUAUUUCCAUCCCUGGAUAAAGAUUUAUGACUGCAUGCACAGCAGAUCAAAACAGCGACGGGGAUGACGAUGAUUUAACUGGCAAGCACUUGUGUUUGCUGAGAAGCUAAAAUGAUACCUUUCUGCUUAAUAUCUGUCACGUUACACUAAGAUAAUAUUCUCACUCAAGGAUACAGUCGAAGGUACAGGCAUUAGAAUCUGGGGGUGUAUGCAGGCAUCUGUCUACUCUGUGUGGCUCUGAAAUUCUCUGUGGUCGCAGCGCUAGACUGUCGUGGCUUGCUGGUUAUGUCGUUUUAGUACGACCCCUGACAACAGCUGCAAACUGACCCAACAUUUUGAGUUUUUUUUUCCUUUUCUUUUUUUUAUAUAUAUUUUAAUAUAUUUUCUUUGUGUGAAAACUGUGGAAUAAAAAUAAACAAAAAACUUUUCUGUAAUUUUUUUUUUUUUUUUAAAGGAACAAUCUAUUUAAGAAGAUAUGUUCUUUCUGUAGAUUUUCCCCAUUGUGGUGUGUUUUUUUUUUGUUGUUUUGUUUGUUCAACAUGCAAGCUGUGGUAAUGAAAGCUGCACUGCCCGUGCUAGGAGUACACUGCCUGCUUUCAGGGCACAUACUCCUCAUGCCCGUGCCAGUGCAUCAGGUGGGCUUUUUUAAUGGUAAUCAUUUUUUUUUUGGUGUGGCAGCAAUGUACAUUUGAACUUGGGUCAAACUAGUCAUAUUUGCCAAGCUUUUUUUUUUUUUUUUUUUCUAUGUGUGUGUGUGUGUGUGUGUGUUUGUUUCAUAAGGAAUUUUUCACGGAAGGAUGAUUUAGUGGAAUGGAGGGGCUGGGUUGAUUUAUUUAUAGGUAGAUAGAUUUGCUUUUCUCCUAUUGAUUUUGUACUGCAUGUUUCCCAUUGAAAAUGAGAAAGACAAAGUGAGUUUUAUUUUUCAUUUAUUUUUUGGGGAGGUGGGUGAUAUGUGAAGAAGGAUUACUGCAUUGUUGAAAUGGGGAACAAAAAUAUCUUUUUAAAUAAAAUGAAAAUUCAACUUUAUUACAAUGGAGUAUGUUUGA